UUUGCCUCUGGAAGAUACGUGUGUGCUUGGCCAUUGCUUUGUCGAUGAGAAUAACGCAAGUAUGUGCAUACCAGCUGUUGAAAUUUGCUUUACCGUAGGAUGGUAUCAAGGUUUAAUCUGUUUACCUACGCCAGUCAAGCCUGUUCCUUCAACAGUAAGAUGCAUCAGGAGUCCAGAUGAGCAUACCCAGACCAAUCUUCCUAUACCUAGUUUGAUAGAGGCGUUGUUAACUACGAUAAACGAACUCAAGUACGCGUCGUCUACUUUGGAAAAUGAUACUAUAAUUGCUCUAGAUAGAUUAACAACUCUCCUGACUAGUCUUGGUGAAGUGCGUCUCCUUCCAAUGCAUAUAUACGACCGUCAAAACCAGGCUUCAGUCUUGGUUCUGUAUGGUGUGAACUUGCACCGCAUUGACGACAAUACUUUCAUUGGAUUUCCAAGCCUUCGUACGCUCGUCUUAGCGGAAAACAAUAUUCAAGAACUCCACAAUACAACUUUCACCGGUUUACAGCUUUUGCAAAUACUGGAAUUCGGUAAUAACAGCUUAGUCCGUCUGCAACCUGGCGCCUUUACCGGUUUGAUAAAUCUUAGAAGCCUGGGUCUCUCACAGAACAAAAUUCGUCGGAUCGAACAGGGGUUCUUUUAUGGUAUGGAGAGUUUACAAUUUCUGUAUAUGGAAUCAAACAACAUUAGCGAUAUCGAGGUCGGCUCGUUUUCUGGACUAAGGAGUCUUCAAUUAUUAAAUUUGUCGUCUAAUUCCAUUCAGCACUUGCAACGAGGGAUGUUUUCAGGUCUCAUAUCGCUUUCGUAUCUUGAUUUGAUAAACAACCACAUUCAAUCCAUUGAUGGCUUUACGUUUGAAAAUAUGGCGUCUCUUCAGUUUCUAUUCUUCCUUGGUACUGAACUCGGAGCCGUUAGCCCGGAUGCCCUAACUGGUCUAACAUCAGUAGAGAAAAUGUCUACCUCUGACAAUCGUCUAUGUUGUCUUCUGGAAGAUAAUGCUGACUUCACCUGCGCAAGGACAUCACAGACCAGUCCCUUGGACACAUGUAGCAGGUUAUAUCCAAACUUGGCCUUGAGGAUUGCAGGAUGGGUCAUGGGUUUGCUGGCUCUAGGUGGCAACGGCGCUGUUCUCUUUAUUCGACUACGGGAUAGGAAAAAGAAGGUUUCCAGAGUUCAGAAUACCUUUAUUGCUAGCUUAGCAAUGGCCGAUAUUCUAAUGGGACUAUACAUGAUUAUUAUCACUUCUGUCGAUCUUUAUUAUGGAAAUGAGUUUUAUCUCAGCGCCCCUCAGUGGCGAGGAUCCCAGCUCUGUCGGUUUGCCGGUUUCCUUGGCUUUCUUUCCAGUGAGGCUUCGAUCUUAACCCUGACCUUGAUAACCGUUGAUAGGUUCAUUUGCAUCAUGUUUCCAUUUAGGCCAGACCUGAAGAUUGAGCGCAAAAGUUCAUUGAUUCUUGUCAGUGCUGUUUGGGUUUUCACCAUAAUGUUAAGCCUGAGUCUGGUAAUCAUUACAUCUUACAGACCGGAUGUUUAUGGCCUCUCCGACGUUUGCCUUGGUCUCCCUCUUCAUGUCGAAGCUGCAGACACAGGGGUAUUGGAGAUCACAGGGAAUUUCUUUUUUGAGUAUCAGGUAAAUUUCGUAGUCACAGACAACAGUUCCAGGCCCCCAUGGCUAUUUUCCCUUAUAGUUUUCAUUGGUUUCAACCUUGUAUCUUUCACUUUUAUCUUGAUCUGUUACAUAAUGAUCUUCGUCAAAUCCUCAAGAUCUUCAGCGAGAGUUCGGAAAAAUAGCUCCAAUAAGCAAGAGACCAGAUUGGCCGUUCGUAUGGCGAUGAUCGUUGCUACUGACCUCGUCUGUUGGAUGCCUGUCAUCAUCAUGGGAAUCCUAUCUCAGACCGGUGCAGUCACCCUCCACCCUUCCCUCUAUGCCUGGACAGUGAUUCUCAUCGUCCCUAUCAAUUCAACGAUCAACCCUUUUCUCUAUACCUUUAUCAUUCACGUCGAUGACCUCAUAAAGAAAAGAAGGAAGCAGAAAUAUGAAACCUAACUAAAAAUGUAACCUAUUGUUCUAGGCAAUCAAGGGCUAAAGAUCCACCAUUGCCUAAGGUUCAUAUGGAUUUGAAAAAUUUUCAAGAUUUACUGCGACUAGUAAUUAUACUCCUUGCCUGGUGGUUCCUA